UCAGUUGUGGCUGUGUUUGUGUGUGUGUGUGUAUGUGUGCGUUGUACGUGUGAUUCAUAGCGUACAGACGUGCGAGUCUGCCACGUGGUUUGUUUUGUGCAAAAACGUUGUGUGUCUUGAUAACUUGUGCGUUGACACACUGUGCUCUGUUCUGAAUGGUCCGAUCUCAAACGAAAGUGGUAGAAUAGAAGUAGAUCUUCGGCCUUCUAACUCCAACUACGCGUACCUUCUCCUUCCCUUUCGCCCUUCCGUUCCCAACUGUGAAAGAUCGUGGACGUGGAGUUGGUGUGAUCGAAGCAGCGCCCGGUCUUGCAAAACACGCCGAGUCGGAUAAAAAUUGCUCCGAACGCUCAUGCCAUGCGCAGCUCAAUCUCUCAGCUCUUCUCGGCAGCGACAGACCACGAUGCCGGAGGGCGCAACGCACACCAGCUGCAGACGGCAGCAACUCCUACUCAGUGCACUAAUGGCUAUGCAGGACACAGUGGAUCAAUUAAAGAUGUAUCAAAGACAGACUGGAAUUCCCGCCUCGGGGACGGAACAGCGCAGCUCAACGGGACUCUCGGGCGAGGGACGUCCGAAACGGCAGAGACCGACUCAUCAGGGACCGGGGGGAUGCGGGACGCGCUGGAGGGGCCGGGCUCAACGCAGAACGACAUUAUUCACCUCAAGAGACGGGUGGGACUCUUCAGUGGGGUUGCUUUAAUUGUCGGUACCAUGAUUGGGUCCGGAAUUUUCGUGUCGCCAUCUGGUUUACUGGUGAGAACUGGUUCCAUUGGUGUGAGCUUUAUCAUUUGGAUGGCCUGUGGAUUGCUCUCGUUGUUAGGUGCAUUGGCGUACGCUGAGUUAGGCACGAUGAAUACUUCGUCCGGAGCAGAAUGGGCAUACUUUAUGGACGCGUUCGGGGCCUGGCCCGCCUUCCUGUUUUCCUGGGUGUCGACGCUGGUUCUCAAGCCGUCCCAGAUGGCGAUCAUUUGUCUGUCGUUCGCGCAGUACGCCGUCGAGGCGUUCGUGUUCGAGUGCGACCCGCCGCUCGGUGUGGUGAAGAUGGUCGCGAUCCUAGCGAUCGUGAGCAUCCUGUUCGUCAACUGCUACAGCGUGAACCUCGGCAUGGCGGUGCAGAACGUGUUUACGUCGGCAAAGCUGAUCGCCGUGCUGAUCGUGAUCUGUGGCGGUGCGUACAAGCUGUGCCAGGGCAACACGCAACAUCUGCAGAAUGCAUUUAGCGGUGCAACACCGUCGCUGGGUGCGAUUGCGACCGCGUUUUACACCGGUCUGUGGGCGUACGACGGUUGGAACAAUCUCAACUACGUCACGGAGGAGAUCCAAAAUCCGAGCAAGAAUCUUCCACGUUCGAUCAUUAUCGGAAUCCCGCUGGUGACGCUUUGCUACGCACUGAUCAACGUGUCGUACCUGGCGGCCAUGUCCCCGACGGAGAUGAUCGAGUCGGAAGCUGUUGCCGUCACCUUCGGCAAUCGUAUACUGGGCGUUAUGGCGUGGCUAAUGCCGCUGAGCGUCACCAUCAGUACGUUUGGCAGCGCGAACGGAACACUGUUUGCCGCGGGACGGCUCUGUUUUGCUGCCAGCCGCGAAGGACAUCUGUUGGACAUCUUGUCCUACGUGCAUGUUCGUCGGCUCACACCGGCACCGGGGUUGAUUUUUCACUCCCUAAUUGCUGGUGCGAUGGUACUGUACGGCACGAUCGACUCACUGAUCGACUUCUUCAGCUUCACCGCCUGGAUAUUCUACGGUGGCGCAAUGGUGGCCCUCAUCGUGAUGCGCUACACCAAACCGAACUACCCACGACCCUACAAAGUCCCACUUAUCAUUCCAAUUUUGGUUAUGGUCAUUUCCGGCUACCUUGUGGCGGCUCCCAUCAUCGAGAAGCCGCAAAUCGAGUACCUGUACGCAGUGCUGUUCAUACUGGCUGGGUUGAUCUUCUACGUUCCCUUCGUACACUACGGUUACCAUCCAAAGUUCAUGGACAAUGUCACCCUCUUCUUCCAAAUGCUGUUCGAAGUGGUCCCAACGACCUCGAUGGCAAUGUUUGACUAGAAUGGCAACACAUCAAUCUCGCGUAACCAAACUACGACGGAGCCCAUCGGUUCCAGCAGCAAGCAAAUGGCACAAAACAACCGCAACUAGCCGCACCGAAGGAGUGAUGUCCACCGCCAUCCAUCCCAUGUCGUGUUGGCUAAUUUAGUAACAUAUUAGCAUUGUUAGAAGCAGCAACACCGGUAAUAUUGGUGAAGUAGUGUGUAUGUGCUACGUACUUAAUCGUACCCAACAUCCUCCCCCCCCCCCAUCCAUUUAUCCUUAAACGCUUUAAGCCAAAGUGUGCGUGUGUGUGUGUUUAAACUCGCGGUGUAUUGAAACCGCAUUAAAGGAGCAACCGCGUCAGAGCAAUACGGAGAGAUGGUUUGUACGCCAAAUAGCAAUAAUGUAUACAUUACACAUACUACUUCGGUCGAUGUAAGGAUAUAGUAGAAGCGGUGUACGUGAGCGGAGACGUGGACGUGGGACUGAUUUUACGGUGUGAGAGUAAACGCUUGAAGACACUUGACACACUUGGAUUGGCUUUUUUUGUGUGGAGUGUUGAUAAACAGAGUUCAGGGUUUGUCAACCGGGGAAUGGCAUAUUUUACUCACUUUUUAACGCAGUAAGCCACCGUUUGUCCACCGUAGCAGUAGUAGUGGUGAGCUUAGGAAUGCCUACGAAUGGUGGACCUUGGGCGGUUGUCAAGGAGCUCAGCAAGACUUGUAUCGCUAUAGCGACGGAAUAGACGACGAUUGAAGAAGGCGACGACGGUUUGGGGAAGAAGGCCUGCUAACUCACUUAUUUUGCCGUUUGUAUUUACCUACCCAGCUGCACGGAUCAUUCCCGAAUGGUCGUUUUUUGUGUUUUUAUCUCGCUUUUUUCGAUCAUUUUGUUUUACUUUCCACCCGGAAAUUACUCCGCACGUGGGACAGUGAGAAACACGACCAUUUUCUUUUAGCUUCGUUGGCUUAGUGCAGGAGUCAACGAAUGAGAGACGUUUCGAGGGAGUUUGGACCUCUCGCCGCUGUAUCCUUCCGUUCCCAAUUUCCCGGCCAGUACAGCAGGAAGCCGACAGCGAUAGUCGAAAUUCGAAUUCGAUCGGUGCACCAACGGAGCUAUCAUUCCGCGCCGAAGGAUCGAACGACAAACUGUGCGCUUCGUGUAUUGGAAGGCCGUCUGCUCUUCAAUCGUCUCCUUACCGUUUUGUCUGAUUUGUUUGUUUGUUUUAUUCUCUAAUGUUAUAAUCAUCAUACGGCAUACCACGUUUGUUAGGAUGUUUAUGUUAGGAUUUUUCGAACAAAUGACAUUAUAAUUGAGCGCUUAAAACUUAAAAUGGGAUGCGACUACACACAAUCGGGUCGGUCGGUAGGAUGUUUUGAGACUCCAACUUUUGAAUGCUCGGAAUCGAACCAUCGAAACCACGAGAACGAUGGGGGACAAUUGGGAAAGCGGUAGUGAAGAAUACAAAAACACCAACUACGGACUACCGGAUAUGAGAUUGGAUUUUAAUAUUUUAUAUACGAAUCACACACACACACACAGGUGAAACAAUCAUUACUUUAUCAAAAGGUCAAAACAAUGACACAGGGUGUAUGUGUGUGCGAGUGUGGAAGGGAAGCGGAAAUUGUUGGAUGUGUGUUGAUCACGUGGAAGGUCCGAUUGACUAGAAAGAAAACCAUGCAAGUGAUUAGUGUAAUACGGUUUAUUUUGUGUUAAAGCGUAUUGUUUUCUUUUCUGCAGAAUGGAUAAAAUAAAGAGACGUUAUUUAUAUCAUGAA